AUGACCUCAAUUCGCUCGGUAGAGAAAUGGUCCCGGGGGUCUGCUAAGAAGGUCUAUGAGGAAGACGUCUUUGACCCCGCCAUCCAUCUCGACUAUUCGCCACCCGAGAAACAGUUUACAAUGAAAGACUUGCUCCUGGACCAAGGACCGUCUGCCUCCUCCAUUGCAGGAACAACACCAUUUCCACUGUUGUCACGCGAGGGCGUGAGGGCCUACAGGAGGGGCUUGUUUCAGCAAAACGUGCUCGACAACUGCGCGAGCUCGCCCUUUCCAGGGACUUUGGUUCUGCGUGACGUCGAGAAGCAGUCCAAGUUCAUAAAGGACUUCUGGACGCACCCGCAGACUGUCCGCAUCGUGUCCGAAGCCAUGGGUGUUCCACUGGAAGUGGUAAUGCCCACAGAGAUUGGACACACCAACAUCCAAGUCGAGGGGGCCACGGUUUCAGAAAUGACCAGGAAGCUCAAGGUUGAGCCCUCGGCGGAAAAGGUCGAGUUGAGUGCAGAGGAGCGCGCCUAUGACCCGCUAAAGGAUUCCAGCGCCAUCAUCCCGUGGCACUACGAUUCGUAUCCCUACGUGUGUGUCCUGAUGUUGAGCGAGACUGAAGGCAUGAUCGGGGGAGAAACGUAUAUUAAAAAGGGCGAUGGGACAUCGCAAAAGGUUGAAGGACCCCGGAUCGGUCACGUUGUGAUGCUCCAAGGCGGCAAGGUCCAGCACCUGGCUGCUCGAGCCAGAGGCGUCAAGGAACGCAUAUCCACCAUCACUUCCUACCGGUCAAGCGUGCCUACAGUCUACGACUCCAGCUAUAUGACCAACAUCCGGCCCUACGCAAACCUGAACAGCCUCUAUCCCCAGUGGACCCAGUACCGGUUGCGGAAAAUGAGAGAUGAGAUUAACAACUACCUUGACCAAAUUGAGAAGGAACCAGAGUUGACUCUAGACAGGGUAGGGCUGGAAAGCUUCAUCAACGAGCAAGUAGGCUAUCUUCGACGCACCUCGCGGCAGAUGAUUGCGCCCGAGGACCAGAAGCGGAUGCUGAAGAAGUACGGCAUGGCGGCGUACUAUGAUGCGCCCAAGAUAUGGAAGCGAGUGCAAUCUCUGCCAGACUUUGAGAAAAUAGCUUCCUCUGCAGACAGGGAUCGCGUCUGGAUGCCGCAGAGCGUCUACUGGACGGAUCUUCAGAGCUCCAUUGAAGCCUUUCGUUUGGGCAAGUCUCUGAAGAGCACGAUGGGCAGUUUCACCUGGGACUACAGAAGGGAGUACUUUAUGGGUGAUGAGCUGCUCCGUCAAGGGCUCAAUGAGAUGUUUCUGGAUUGGUUGGGGGCAUCCGGGUUGUGGGAUUUGUAUUGCAACGUGGCUUGA